GGAAGUGAGGGUUGUUGUGGCUCGCAGGGUUGCGCGCGGAGCUGCUGCUACCGAGGCAGCGGCGGCGGCGCUGAGGCGGUGGCAGCGCUGCCGACCCUGGGCCGCUCGGCCUCUUAGCUCGCCUUCCAGCCUCGCCUGAGCCCGCCGGGGCCCGCGCCGGCCAGCGCCUGCCCUAUGAGUGUGUCACUGGUUGUCAUCCGACUGGAGCUUGCGGAACACUCGUCCGUCCCCUCCGGCUUCGGCUUCAGCGCCGCCGCUGGGGAAAUGUCUGAUGAGGAGAUCAAAAAGAAGACAUUAGCCUCAGCUAUAGCCUCUUUAGAAGGGAAGUCACCAGGGGAGAAAGCAGCAAUCAUACAUCAGCAUCUUGGCCGUCGAGAAAUGACGGAUAUGAUUAUUGAGACCAUGAAGUCCAAUCCAGAUGACCUGAAAGCCACAGUGGAAGAAAGGAAGUCUUCAGAAGCAUCUCCCACUGCACAGAAGAGUAAAGAUCAAAGUAUAGAAUGCAUAAAUGCUGCUCCCGAUUCUCCAUCCAAACAGCUUCCAGACCAGAUUUCGUUCUUUAGUGGAAACCCAUCAGUUGAAAUAGUUCAUGGUAUUAUGCAUCUAUACAAGACAAAUAAGAUGACCUCCUUAAAAGAAGAUGUGAGGCGCAGUGCCAUGCUGUGUAUUCUCACAGUCCCUGCUACAAUGACCAGUCAUGACCUUAUGAAGUUUGUCGCCCCAUUUAAUGAAGUAAUUGAACAAAUGAAAAUCAUCAGAGACUCUACUCCAAAUCAAUAUAUGGUGCUGAUAAAGUUUAGUGCACAGGCCGAUGCAGAUAGUUUUUAUAUGGCGUGCAAUGGCCGCCAGUUCAACUCCAUAGAAGAUGAUGUUUGCCAGCUGGUGUAUGUGGAAAGGGCUGAAGUACUGAAAUCUGAAGAUGGUGCCAGCCUCCCCGUGAUGGACCUGACCGAGCUCCCCAAGUGCACAGUGUGUCUGGAGCGCAUGGACGAGUCCGUGAACGGCAUCCUCACCACGUUAUGUAACCACAGCUUCCACAGCCAGUGCCUGCAGCGCUGGGACGACACCACGUGUCCCGUGUGCCGGUACUGCCAAACGCCAGAGCCCGUGGAAGAGAACAAGUGCUUCGAGUGCGGUGUGCAGGAAAACCUGUGGAUUUGUUUAAUAUGUGGCCACAUAGGAUGUGGACGGUAUGUAAGUCGACAUGCUUAUAAGCACUUCGAGGAAACACAGCACACGUACGCCAUGCAGCUCACCAACCAUCGAGUCUGGGACUAUGCCGGAGAUAACUAUGUUCAUCGACUGGUUGCAAGUAAAACAGAUGGAAAAAUAGUACAGUAUGAAUGUGAGGGUGAUACUUGCCAGGAAGAGAAAAUAGAUGCCUUACAGUUAGAGAUUAACAACAUGAAGACCAAAUUUAAAGAAACAAUUGAGAAAUGUGAUAAUCUGGAGCACAGACUAAAUGAUCUCCUAAAAGAAAAGCAGUCUGUGGAAAGAAAGUGCACCCAACUAAACACGAAAGUGGCCAAACUCACCACAGAGCUCAAAGAGGAGCAGGAAAUGAACAAGUGUUUGUGAGCCAACCAAGUCCUCCUGCAGAACAAACUGAAGGAGGAGGAGAGGGUGUUGAAGGAGACCUGUGACCAGAAGGAUCUGCAGAUCACCGAGAUCCAGGAGCAACUGCGUGACGUCAUGUUCUACCUGGAGACACAGCAGAAGAUCAACCACCUGCCUGCUGAGACCCGGCAGGAAAUCCAGGAGGGACAGAUCAACAUUGCCGUGGCCUCGGCCUCCAGCCCCCCCUCUUCGGGCAGCAGUGGGAAGCUGCCCUCAAGGAAAGGCCGCAGCAAGAGGGGCAAGUGACCUCUGGGAAACAGGUGUCCCUGAGACUGUUCUCCCUGGCACGGCGAGGGUGUGCUGGGGCUUCAGCUACGUGUGAGGGUGGACCUUGAAUAAGUACAAGUGAGGACGGAGCCGCCAUUGUUCGGAUCUUUUCUUGGCUGGCGUGCGCUGUAGUAACUGGAGGGCCAGUGGCCGUGGCGAGGAGAGCUGAUGGGAGUGGGCCGGGGCUUAAGAUGUGGCCGCUGUUUCCCACCGUAGGAGUUCACUAACCUCAGACUUUCUGAUGACCAUUUUGCCUUGCUACUUGACAGAAGCCCCAGCUCUGCUCUGCAGUUUUCCAUUGUAUUUAUUGAGUCGGUGGAUUUGACAUUCAGUUCUGGGGUCGGUUCAAGACGUCACUUUUUUUUUUUUUUUUUUGGCAACCUCAGAGGUCACGUUACCUGAGGUCAUAGCAGCUGCUUUAAAGAGAGGUUUGCACUGGCCACUGAGGAUUUACGAAAAUUCCCUAGCGUUAGUCUCCUGUCAUUGUCCUCCCUCCCUGCAGUCUGGGAAUUGAAGAAUUGGUUGAAGGUCACAGGAAAAGAGGCUGGGCCAGUAAACCUUUAGUCACUAGCCUGUCACCAGCAGCCAUCUCUUGCUCCAGGGCUAGCUCGGAAAAACAAACAACCCGCCCAGGCUGAGCGGACCCAGUGUAGGAAAAAUGGUGGCGCUUCUACUUUGUUUUCGAUGACUCCACACCACAUUAUGAACCUCAAGUAAGGAGGAGGCUGAAGGGUUACUCUAAGACCCAACUCUCAGAGUGGAUUUCCUAGCAUCUAGCAAGAAUCAGCAGGCAGAUUUAUCAUCCAUGUGAAAAUGCAGAGUGAGGCCUCUGACUAGCUGAUUGUGUAUUUUGCUGGGAUCAGUGUUUUCUGAAUGUUUACAAAAGAUCGGGCUGCAUGUUCAGGUUGCGGCUAGAGGGAGCUUGGGCAGAUUUUCAAUGAUGCUUUCAAGAUACAACCAAAGGCUGUUUCUAAAUCCGAAAAUUAGAAUUUUAACAGAGCCCCUUUAAAAGAGUCAUGCAAUGCUUGUUGUGAGCCAACAGAGGGGCUGUGUACUUUCUCUAGAAACCUUAACGUCAAGUAAUUCAUACUACGAGGUAAUUGAGCAAACUUAAAGUAAGACCCGUGUUGGAAUUUAAGCUUCCUCAAGAGGUAGCUGGAUAGGUUAACAAGACAUGCCGUUAAAUGAUGGGGUUUAUUUUCUGCUUUAGAAUUAGCCAGAGUUUUCAAAUGAUCACAUUUUAGAAUUGUUUUUUAGCCUAUGGUUAGAUGUCAUCCCCUUUGGCCUAAAUGUCUUAUAUGUUACUUGUUAGCGCACAAACUGUAUUGUUAAUCACUAUCCAUUUUUGUGGGAUGUGCUGUAGCAUUUCCCAAAAAACCUCACCUGUAACUUUGCAAAAUGAAUGUACUCAGACAUUCUCAAUUUUUACUUAGGGCAGACCAACUCUACAAGUCCCCCUUGGACUUAUAUAUACAGAUAUCUUAAAACAAGAGUGGGAAUGUAAAGCAUAACCUAAUUCUCUUUCCUAUAGAGAUUCUAUUUUAUUUAAAAUCUAUUUUUACACUAGUUAGAAUCCUGCUUUUUUGGCCAAGUACUUGUCUUGCAUGUCUGACCUUGCAGAAGCUGGGGUGGAUCGUAGCAUACUAAUUAAGAGAAUUAGAAGUAGUUGACAAAGCUUGCUCGCUCCUCAUUUUCCCAUGAUCACCUCCGUCAAGCAGCCCUACCACCAGCUGGGAGAACAGAGCUUCAGUACAGGUGGGCUAAGUGCUCUGAAAGGCUGUGCCCAGAGGAAUGAGCAAAUAGGCAAAUGUUUCCAAACUACUUGAAGGUUUAAACAUUUUUUUCCAGAAAUAAAGAAUCUUAUCAAGAUACAUUAAGAAACUGUCUUUGAGAAAGGUCAAAGAGUCAUGUUUGAAUUUGACAAAAUUACAUAAGGUAGAAACUGUUCGUGUUUUCUUCAGGAUGGAAAUGAACCACUUAAUAUAUCCGUACUACCUUGAACAAUGAAAUUGCAUUAAAACAACCAAACUUUGAAAUGA